AUGGCGUAUCCCCUGGAGGAAGAAAUCGCAGACAGAGUCCGACUCAAACCAGACGCCCCUAACAAGGAAGGAUAUGAUGGAGAUUCGAAUUUGCAAUCAGACGCCAGUUCAGUGAAAAACUACAAGGAUAGCGAUAAAGAAGGGCUGGAGGAAAUCAACUCACCUAGGACGCAAUCGAAAAGUUUACUGAAUCCUGACAUUUUGGACACCCGAAAUGUGUUUCUUCUCACUUAUAAGUUGGGGGAAGACAAGUGGGACAUUGUGGACAAUUUCAAGGUCAUACAACCGGUUGUACACCACUCCGCCUGGCCCACUGAAAUCAAACGACUUGUUGUGCAAUCCGCUCGCUGGCCAGAUCCAUCCUACUUGGAAUCCUCCACAGGCAGAGAUUCACAGCAUGGAUCGAAGCGUCUGAGUGGAGGCAUGGUCAGGGGACGACGCACAGCAACAACUCCAAUGCGCGAGUUUGAGCCACUGGAAUUUACACGUUCCAUCGAAAAUUAUUGCGGUGGCGUGUACUUCACUACCGAGGAGCUAUGUCACUGCUUCCUUCUCGUCCUGGGCACCAAGGCGGAGAACUUUGUGGUUAACAGAGAUGGGGGCCUGUACCGAUCUCCGUUGUUACAUCCUUAUCUGAAAGUGAGGAUACCAAAGCGCUCUUGUUUGGAAAAUAAGCUUGCCUGCUUCAAGGUGCUGGAUAUCCGGCCAACAUGGGCCCAAGCUGCGGUGCACUUUGAUCCCCAAAUGGCUGAAAUAGAAGGCUGUUCUGACAUCUAUGAAUUGGAUCUGUCGAAAGUGAUUCUCAGACGUCCAGCUACAGUAAGAAUCCCUUUGCCCCAGUGGUUUGUGGAAAAGCAAUGUCGAAAUCACGAAACAUUGGAACAGAACAGUAUGACAGUGGGAAGCUCGGAACCGCAAGAAGCAGUUGCACUCGCACGAAAGCGUGUCGUCGACGGUAUAUAUGUUCACGAGAGACCACUUCUACUAUUGUAUCAGUCCGCGACUUCCAAGCGCCAAAUUGUCUGGCAGGUGACCAGCACGGACGAUGCGAGAGAGGACAGUGGUCGUAGGAAGUCGCGCUUCCAAGUCUCAAGGAAAGAAAUCAUGAGCCCUUCCAGGUGCAAACUUGAAAAUCUAUACUUCCGUCUUGGAUGGAGUCAUUUGACAGUUGGAAUACGUGGCGGUCAGUGGUUCACUAUCAAGAAACCUGUUUAUUUCACUAAGCGCACCGCAUUCUUCGAAACAAACAUUCUUGGCAGGUUCGUCCUUAUAGGUGCGCGCGACCCAGAAAGAACGCCCGCGAACAAGUUAGCCCAUCUCAUGACUCGCGUUGAAGCCCUAUCUGCUGCACCACCAGGCGCGCUGGUAAUUUUCCUGCAGCUUCAGUAUACUUGUUGGAAAAUUAUGGCAAAUAUAUAUCCAGAAGAACGUUUAAACGACUGUAUUCAAGAACAGAUUGCUGCAGGCUGGAUCCCAUUAGUUCAGAUGGCUGGUGGUUUGAUACGACGAACUACAAGCUUGUGCAAUGCGCUUCUGCAAGCAUCUGAGUUGAUUCAGCUGCCAAAGGAGACAGCGGAUCUGGCGAAAUCCCGCAAAACCCCUCCGAUAAGAUUCAAUGGAUCCGACAUUAAUCACGUCCUGAUGUUUAGCGGAUUAUGUUUGGAAUUUCAUUUCACCGGGGACGUUCGCAUGAAACCUAUUAGCCAGUUUGAAGCAAUGACCCAAGUACUUAAAAGUGUGAAACGUCCCGAGCCAGAUACCACUGUCAGUCAAGGGUGGGAAGAUGACUUGGAGAAGAGGGACCUGUCUCUGAGCGCACUUGGCUCAAAGCAACAGCAGCAGUUCCAGCAACCGCAGCAGCAGCGGCCGACGAAGUUCAGUCGCGAAUUACCCUCAAGACUGACAUCAACAGUACGUCUGCAACAUCAUGAACUGAUGCACGAAACCGCAUGUAUCGUGGAGAUUGAGCCACUGCAAUCGGAGGAAGAAAAAUACGUAAGAAAGUCGACGGAAAAGACGCAGAUGAUCACGGAAAUGCUCCGCAAAGGUCACCGGGAGAAAGAUAGCACAAUGGACGAGGAUGAGGAGGAAGAAGACGAAGAAGAUGAUGUAACUUACAGCGAUGAUGAAGGUGGACGUCGAAGCUCACUGGGUGAAGUUGAUUCUGUCGUCCCUUACGAAGGAGAUGACGGAGAGAUGGAUGAACUUGGGAAAGAUACAAAGGAACAGGCGGUCAAGAACCUGCCACUCUCUGUGGCUGCGGUAAACGCGGAGUUGCUUCGCCGACUAAACAACGUGUUGGAGAAAAGCAAAAUGAAUCGAGCCGCGGACUUUCUGCAAAGGGUUCAUGAGCUGUAUCACGUGGGCACCAUCCAAGUUUGGCUCGUUCCACCUCAGGCACUGUCGCAGCUGGCAGGUUAUAAAGAAACUACCAAAGAGGGACCAGUGAAGAACAGAAAGUUGCACAGCAGUCAAUCAGAGUCAGGACAUAGUAGUUCACGAUCCGACAGUAUGACGAGAAGUUCGUCACGUACAAAUGAAUUGACGGUGGAAGAUGAUCCUCAGCACGACAUACAAAGCAUUGAAGGUCACAAUGCGAUAAGGUGGAAUCCGGUUGAGCUACUUACUGGACGUGACGGAAAGUCUCCCAUGAUCCCAGAUAUGUCGGCAGCUCCGGAAAAACCAUUGGCUAUGUACAAUUUGCUCAUUGAUCCGGACUUGGCUAUAAGUUAUUUGCGAAAUUCCUGCUUGAGUUCCGCUGCACCCUCGAUGACUCAGAAGAGAACCACUAAGGAUAAAGGGGGGAGCCCUCGAGGAAACCCUAAGCAAAGAAAACAAAGAAAUGUCAGCGCCACAUCAAGAGUGAAACGAACGCCAACUUCCACAGCAUCCAUUGCGCAUGAAGCAACAAUACCGUCAAUCAAUCACAUGUCGGAGGUCGAGCAAGAAGACCUGAGUAUGUUCACUGAGUCGAAUCUGCUAUCUUUGGCGAACCUGAUCAAGGAACCACAGCAACUGGCGGAAGCACUUGGUUUCUCGCCAUUGGAUAUUGACAACAUAAGCAGAGAAUUUCCGUCUGGGGCAGUAGAAACUGCACACAAGGUACUCAGUCUAUGGAAAAAUCUUCACAUCGGGCGACCGCAUCAGAGUGGAUCAAGUAUGGACGGUGAAAGCAACAGUGAACAGCUCAAGGGGUCCGCAGUGGAUGACCUCAUAGACGUGCUUCAAUCGUUGGGUUAUUUUGAGGCGGUGGAGAUGGUCAACGGGAUGAAAAAGGCGCAUACUCCGUACAAAUAA